AGGGGGGGGGGCAUAGGAGAGAAAGAGAUAGAGAGAGAGAGAGGCACACACAGAGAGAGAGAGACACGCGAAUAUUCAUUGAGUACUGCACACGCCGUAAGGGUAAGGCAUUGCUUUUUGCUCCUUAUUGAUUCGGCAAUCAUAACAAUUGUCUAAUCACCGCUGUCCAUACAUUGCCAGUCGCCACUAUUUAUUCAUAGUUAGCAGUGUUCGCCCUUGAAUAAUAAUAUAACGCUCAGAGAACGGAGCGGACGAAACGACAUCCACGAAAAGAGAACAUCAGCAGCAUCAUCAGCAUCAUCAUCAGCAGCAGCAUCAUCAUCAGCGGCAACUCUUUUUUUUUAAACACCCCAGCCAGCAAUGUCCUUUUCUCAAAUAACGUGUCAAUACAUUCCGGUAGGAUCAUCGGUCUCGGCACAAACUGGUGGAGCUUUGUUCGUUGAUCGACUGUCAUCCCAAAACGCGGCAUCAUCAAUCUCAUCAUCAGCAGCAGCAGCGGCGGCGGCCGCGGCAUCAGCAGCAGUAGCUUCUUCAUCAUCAUCAGCAGCAGCAGCAGCGGCGGCGACGUCGUCGUCAUCAUCAUCCGCAGCAGCGGCAGCAGCGGCGGCGGCGUCUGCGGUGUCAUCAUCCCAGCAGGCAGGAGGAUCGCAGUGCCGGGAGUUUCAAAUGAAUUCAUCAGCAGCUGCCGCGGCCGUGCUGGGGCUGUACGGCUCUCCGUACGCGGCGCAGGCGUACGGCGCCUUCCUGCCGUACACGGCGGCCGAACUCAGCGUCUUCUCGCAGUUGGGCUCUCAUUACGAGAUCAAGGACAGCCCGGGACUGCAGCACUCGUCUUUCCCAUACCCGACAGCCGCCUACUACAGCCCCUACGGCGGCUUCCAGUACACGGACCCAUCCCGGCCCAAGAACGCGACCCGCGAGAGCACGGCGACGCUCAAGGCGUGGCUCAACGAGCACCGCAAGAACCCGUACCCCACCAAGGGCGAGAAGAUCAUGCUGGCCAUCAUCACCAAGAUGACCCUCACGCAGGUCUCCACGUGGUUCGCGAACGCGCGCCGGCGUCUCAAGAAGGAGAACAAGGUGACGUGGGCGCCCCGGAGCCGCAGCGACGAAGAGGGACACUCGUGCGGCAGCGACGCCGAGGUGGAUAGGAAGGAGGAGGACGAGGAGGAGGAGGACGAGGAGGACGAGGCGGUGGGCGAGGAGGAGGCGGAAGAGGAGGAUGACGACGACGACGAAGAGAUCGACUUGGAGAACAUCGACAUUGAGAAGUGCGAGGAGGAGGAGGAGGACAGUGGAGACUUGAGCAGGGAUGAGCGCGACGGAGCGAUGGAGGCCGAGCUGAAGAUGCGGGAGGCGGUCAAGGGACAGACUGCGCCCGGCAUGAGAACGUCCCCAGCGAGCUGCCUCUCCUCCGAGGCUCCGACCGGGUCCAAGCCUGGCUCUCCAACCGCCCUCAGUUCGACCCUGGUGGUCAUGAGUCAAGGGGCACCUCAGCUGCUUCGACACCACCACCACCAUCACCAGCAGCAGCAGCAGCAUCAUCAGCAACAGAAUCCGAACGUUCAGCAGCAGCAGCAGCAGCAAGGUCAUCGUGAGAGCCAGCCUGACCCGGUGGGCCCCGCUCGGCCAAAAAUCUGGUCGCUUGCCGAAACUGCCACCUCCCCGGAUAGCCCGCGACGGUCUCCAAGCAGCGUCACGCAGCACACGUGCGGCCAGAUCGGCGGCCCCUCGGCCUACCUUUACAGUCCAGCUGCGGCAGCGGCCAUCCUUUGUAGCAAACUCCACCAGCAAAGUCCUCAGCACAACCACCACCAGCACCAGCAGCAGCAGCAGAAUGGGCUUCACAACCACCACCACCACAACAACCACCACCAUCAAACUCAACACCAUCACCACCACCACCAAGGCCAUCAGCAGCACCAUCAGCAGCAGCAGCAGAGUUUCCUGUUGAGGCAGGCGGAAUUUUUGGGCAUUGCGAGCCAGCGAGGUGGCACGGGAGUGGUCGCAGCGGCGGCAGCGGCGGCCGGGUUUGUCGGCGUGGGUGUCAACGCUACGAGCAGCCUCUACCAGGCGCCCAGCAACAGCCUCCUGGUGACCAGGGCUGCCCAAGAUAAAGAAUCGCUGACCAGCCCCUCAACGAUGAAAACCGCGUUCCAGCCGGUGCACAGACGAACUCACACUGAGUUGGACGCGUCCGUAGGACUGUCAGCGUUAUCGUCAGCCUGAAAACAAACAUCAGAAAUUCAAAAUGGAAAACAUCCACACUCACACACACACGCGCGCACGCACGCACAAGAGAACCAACAUUUAGAAAGGCACAGUGAUAAGAAUAACAACAUCCACACCGAAAUACAGUAAUACCCCGAUGUACGCGUCUCCAUUUCACGUCGUUUCGUAAUUACGUCGUCACUUUAUUAACACCGCCACCCGAAUUGCGUCGCCGAAACCCCUACACUUACGUCGCUGACGGCAUCAUCGUCCAUCCGCUCUCGUUGUCCGUCGCCUCUCAGCCCCUUCGCCUCCACCACCACCCCACUACCACUACUUCUACUACCCUGUAAAUCGCUUCGAUUUAACGUCGUUUCGAUAUUCGUCGUCGUCGCAAAUUUCGGGAACGCAUCCCCGACGUAAAGCGGGGUAUUACUGUACCAGUUAAUGGGGGGAUAAUUCAACUAGCCAAACAGCGGUCUACAAUUGUGUGAGCGUGUGUGUGUGUGCAUUUUGAGGUUGGUAAAUAUGUACAUUUGUUUGCUGUGUGUAAUAUCGGGGAAUGUAGUAGCUAUUGAUUGAUAAUGAUGAUGAUAAUAAUGCCCUACUGUUUAAUGAUUUGUAAUUUAAAUGACAAUAAUUAAUGAGAUUGUAGUCCUGGAUUUUAUUUUAAAAUGUGAUCUGAUUUCUCGAUUUCUGAUCCAUCAGUUGACAAUUAUUGCUCUCACCGUUAUUGUUACGAUGGUUGUUUCUUGUUUGCCCUGUCUGUAUAUAACGGUUUAUAAAUAUAUAUACAUAGGUCACUAAAACUGUACAUAUUGACGCGGUGGACAAUAUUGUGGAUGAAAAUUGCCCUAUAUUUUUUAAAAUAAAUUUAACUGACGAAUUUAGA